GAUCUCUCAUGGUCCACCGCACCGUCACCGAAUACAUCCGCGCUGGAGUGGCCGCUCUGCACCUGGAAGACCAGCCGACGAGUAAACGCUGUGGUCAUUUGCGCAACAAGCAACUCGUCCCCGAGGACGAAUAUCUGGACCGCAUCCAAGCCGCCGUGAAUGCUCGCGCCCGGUCCCACGGUGAUAUUGUUCUGAUUGCCCGGACGGAUGCCCUCCAGUCACUGGGAUAUGAUGCCGCCAUUUCCCGACUCAAGGGAGCCAUCGCCCUCGGGGCAGACGUAGCCUUCCUGGAAGGCAUCACGUCCACGGAUCAAGCUCGACAGGUCUGUGAAGAGCUCAAGCCCACCCCCGUUCUCUUCAACAAUGUUCCCGGGGGUGUGUCGCCAGAUCUCUCGGUUCAACAGGCGCAGGAGCUCGGAUUUCGGCUGAUCAUCUUCCCUGGAUUGGCAUUGGGGGCAGUCUACUCGGCGGUUCGCGGAGCGGUACAACAAUUGAAGCAAACCGGCACGCAGGCGGUGCGAGCGGGGAGGAGUCCGCGGGAUAUAUUCAAUGUGUUGGGAUUGCAAGAGGCAGUGGCGCUGGAUCUGGCUUCGGGCGGGAGGUUAUAUGACAAGGGGGUUUGAAGGGUGAGGGCUCGGAAUGCUGUCUGUAUAUCAAGUCAGCAGAUGGAUGAGAUGACACACACUAUAACUCGCAAGAGCCCCAGGCACCCAGCAUGACCGGGCGGUGAGAGUAAUGCCUUUUUUCCUAGAUUGGGCAGGCGGAGAGAUAAACUCCCUCUUUGACAAACGUCUGUGUCACGUGCUUUGGUCUACUACUAUCUUUUUAAUUGAGG